AUGCAUUGGCGACUCAUCACUCUUGGUGUAUGUGUUUUCUGUUUGGCAAUAAUUAUCAUUAAGAUUUGUUCUAUACUUUAUUUACCUUGUAUCCAACUAUGUUAUAUUUCCAAAGAUAAAACAUUUUUAUCAAAUUUAAUAUUAGAGGAUCGCCCUAAAGAUGAUAGGAAGGGACUUCAACAUUCUAAUAAUCGUUGA